AUGGGAACGUGUAUCCUUAUGGGAAAUGUGUCAGCAUUUCGUAUCUCAAUGUCUGAUGAUUGGAAAACAAAUCUUGCUAAAUGCCCGUCUUCAGGUAAGAUAACAUCAUUGUGGUAUGUUAAUGAGUUGAUGUGGUGAAAUAAUUAAAUAUACGUAAGUAGUAAGUGCGCGUGUGGGACUGCCAAUAAAUAUCGUGAUCCUUUGCGUACAUAUAUUUUUAAGUACAGUAUUUCGUGCAAAGAUACUGCAGUCAACUAAAGUUGAAUAAUAAACUUUUAUAAGGCAUUAUCGUAAGAUUAGUAGGCCAACGUCUUGACCGCUGGAUUCAGUUUUAUAUGAAACAAAAUAUUCAAUACAUUGGGUGAAAUUACCAAGACGCUACACCAUGAAAAUAACUUUAUUUUUUAGAUGACUUAUUCAAAGACAGUACAUGUGGCACAGAACAUACCAAAGCUACAGUAUAUCUUCAUGGUACUCUACAUUGGAAGAACUUGGGCCUAGUGAUAUGUCGCUCAACUACAAGUGAUCUUAUAAAAAUGGCUAACAAGAUAACAACGUUCUUCACUGAACAAGCAAGUAGCAGUGUAAGGAUGUUAUCAAGUGUCAAUUAUCUUCCACCAUUAGAUGGUGAUGCUGUAUCUUCUCUUGCUAAUCCACUCAGUACACAAUCUGUACAGAAGAAUGAGAAAGAGCAGAAUAAAGAUG